AAAGGUGAUUCUGUCAGAUGCUGACGUGUUUUAUCGCUGUGAAUACAAUUUUAUCUGAUCAAGAAAUUGAAAUGGUACCACAUCACUGAUCAAACUUUAAGUGAUCUUGACGUAUAACCACAUAAAGAAUGAGGUGGUUUGAAGGAUCGAUCCCAGAUGCCAUUCAGUUGGCAAAAUCGAAAGGAUCAGUCUUCAUUGUGUACAUUGCUGGUGAAGAUGAGGAGUCUAAGAAGAUGGAGGCUGUAUUGAAAGACAGUCAAAUUGUGCAGACAUGUGAAUCUGCUGAAUGCGUGGCAAUUAGGCUGAUGUCCAAUAGUGAGGCCUGUGGACAGUUUUCUAUGUUUUAUCCUGUUGUUGUUGUUCCUUCUGUGUUUUUGAUUGGUAACAAUGGUAUUCCAUUAGAGGUGACUGGUGGGGCUGUAUCAGCCAAGGAUUUCCGUGUUAAGGUGGAGUCAGCAGUUCAGGCCAACAAAAAGCAGCAACCAGGGUCCCCAGGUGGAGCCUCAGCCCCUUCUGGCCAGCCACCCACUGAGGCCUCACCGUCGGUUGUUUCACAGGCUGAAGGAGCAUCUGAGCCUCGUGAAGAUGUGCAGGAAAGGGUGGAAAGAGCCAAAAAAUUGAUAGCCGAGAAACAAGCCAAGAAAGCCUUGGAAGAGAAAGAGAAGCAGAUUAAGGAGGAGAAGGAAAGACGCUUGUUAGGCCAGAGCGUAUUACAGUCAAAGCAGAGGAAAGAAGAAAUGGAGGCAAGAGAAAUACAGAAUGAGCUGCGCAAACGAAAAGAGGAAGACCGAAAAGCCAGAGAAAGAGUAAAGGAGCAAAUAGCCAGAGACAGGGCUGAUAGAGCAGCUAAAUACCAGAAGGAUAAAGAAGACAUUGCCAGAGUGAAGGAAGAACAGGAGAGAGCCAAGCUGGAAGCCCAGCAAAUGGCUGCAGCAGAAUUGGCUUCUAAGAGGAGUGAGACGGCUCGACUACAGUUCCGGUUACCUGAUGGAACUUCAGUCACAGAAACCUUCCCAUCUGGUGAACCACUGUCAGCAGCCCGAGACUUCAUCUCAGAGUAUUUGGGUGCAGGCUUUGGUUCACCAGUUUUGUCAACCAUAUAUCCAAGAAAGUCAUUUACGGACAGUGAUAUGGGUGAAAGCUUUAGCAGCCUUCAGCUGAGCCCUUCUGCUGUUAUAAUGGUUUUACCGGCUCGAGGCCAGUCCUCUCAAUCAGCAGUCUCAUCCACAAGCUUUGUUUCUCUCAUCUUCACACCUUUGCUGGCCAUCUGGAAUUUUGUUUACAAUCUCUUGUUUGCCUCGCCACCUCGGCCCCGUGGAGCCUAUAAUCCUGGGAGAAGUCAGCAGGCCAGCAGGGCGGCUGAUUCUGAUGAUGACAACAUUCCCUCAGAAACCACAUCAAGGUCUAACAGACCCAGAACCGCUUACAAAAGACGAACUCCAGCCUCAGUUAGUCAAAGAGAUGGAAACAUUCACAAGUUUUCAAAUGCAGAUGACGACGAUGAUGAACAAGCUACGUGGAAUGGCAACUCUACUCAGCAAAUGUAAAGCCUGUAUAUAUAUAUAAUGUGGUGAUUAUUCUCACUUGUGAUCCAAAGGUAUCUAAAUGCAGAAGGUAGUACAGAAAAAAGGAACAGGCUGGAAACAUAAACAUGGCAAACAGUCCUGACCUGUGAUGCUGUUACACACAUUGUUGUACGGUAGUUACAUGUUUACUUUAUCUCUGACAUCGCAGAUGGCUUGUGCUGAGAAUCAUUCGUGAAAAGUAGCAUCAUGGUGCAAAGGGAUGGGACUUGUCAGGGCCACCAGCGAAAUAAUGAUGAAUGAGCUAUGUACAUGUGUUGUUCUUGCCAUAGCAGAGGUGUACAUGUACAUGAUGUAGGUGUUCUUGUGAAAUCACAAGCAAUCAGUAUCAGCAACAUUACUUAUCUCAGUGAUUAAGGUGAAUUAUUACUUAUCAGAAAAAUUAUGAUGCAAAAGUAAGUAGGUCAUGUAAAGCAAUUGCCCAUUUGUUGCAAAUGAGUUAAUUUUCACAAAUUAUGAGUUUAAUGCAUGUGAUUUUGUGAAAUAUAUAAUUUUGGUUGUGGCACAUAUAACAGUGUGCCAUCAUGAAUUUAAUGAUGACAGAAAACAUGUCAUGUAGAAUGGCCUAUAUUUUUCACUAUGGAGACUGAAUAGACUACUUCUUGAUUAAUUCCUGAUUAUAAGUAUUAAAGAGGGUUAAAACUAUUGAAUCAAAUUUGGACUUAUCAUUUGUCUAAUUUUCCAUUUAAUUUAUGUAGAGUUUUACAGGUUUAAAUUGUGCUAAAUUAGACUUUUUAGACUAGAAUCUUUUUAUUAAGUGUCCACAACUUGCUCUCCAGGAUGCAAGAACAAGCGUUAAAAUCACAUUUCAAUUCCACUUAACUCAAUUUGGCUUCAGGACCUACUUACUGGUAUCAGUGCAGAUGUCUUCAUUGAAAAAUUUCAAAAACACCAUUUGAUGUGUGUGCAUAUUUUGACAUGCAAAUUUGUACUUAUCGGUUUUAUGCACUUUAAAGUGAUACUAUGUAACUCAAGGAAAAUAUGCUUGUAUAUACAUGUAUGCCAGUAAUUUUUAAUUUCCUAAACUUUACCCCUCAUGGUGCCCAUAUGAACAGAUACAAAUAAAUGUAGGCCUACAUGGGGAAAGACUAUUCUUCAUCAAGGGUUGUUUUGCUUAUGAACAUACACAUAUGAAGUUUGCUUACAUUGCUGUAAUCUACUGUAUUUUGUAUUUCUUUUAUGUACAUCAGACAUGUUAUAUGUACUCAAGACCGACCACAUCAGGCAGAUCACUCACUCCCUUUUCUCAUGACAUGUAUCUGUGGGGCCGUGGUGACAAUAAGUGAUCAACAAUGCAUGGGUAGCCGUUUGCAGUCUAACAUUCGUUGUAGACCAUUUGCCUUCCACCAAUAUGGUAUGCUUACUGCAUUUGUCAUGUGGCAAAGUUCAUCAGUAACUUUCUAAGGGUUUGUGGUUAUGUCAGGCACUCCAUCCAUGAGAUUAACCAGCAUUGUGUAAAUGAAAAAUUCCUGAGUAUGACAUUUGAGAACAAUAGAAUAAAUAAAUAACUUCACUCACCUGCAGCAGUGGUGAGGUGAAAAUAACAAGGAAAGGAAUAGGGGAAUAAACAAAAAAAAGAUUUUCUGAGAUCCAUGUCUGUGAAGUGACAAAUUCCCAGAUGUCUGCAGUCUUGAAUGUGUUACUAACCUGGAGAUUGCUUUUGUACUAGAUAGCAUGUAUUCUACGCCUGUUUUUAGUGUUGAGAGCUGUAUUUAAACCUGGAUGUACAAGUCUGUCUGGGUCCUAUGUACCUGUCUAAUAAAUUUUAAUAUAUUCAGACCUGGCUCUAUUCUUUUGUCUACAUCUCAUCCUCCCAAACCCCAAUAAGUUGUUCAAGUUGAUAUCUGGUGAAAUGUAUUGUUGGCUUUAGUAUUUGCAUGCUUAGGACAACCUGUCCAUCAUAGUGUUUAAGAGUUGUUGAUGCAUUAAUUGUCAAAACUGUAAAAAAAGUCUUUUUUGGGGGGAGAGAUAUACCUGAAGUAAUCUAUAAAUAAAAAUGAAAAUAAAUCUCUA